GCAGGGCUCUGCGGAUACGCGUAUACAAUACUUUGCGCCAAUGUGGACCAACAGGCUUGUCACCUUGGGAAUACUUUUGCCUGGAAGGCAUGGCAGUUAAUUUGAAGUCACGAACACAUAUUUAUGGAGCAGGCCAGCCUGUCUCGGAAUCACCAAUUCAUGUUCUAUCGUCAAUCUAAAAUAAAAAAUGGUUGUCUUCUCCCGCACUCUGUUCUCCCUGAGCGCGAUUCUUGCGGAAAUAGCAUCCGCUUCCAGAUGCUCGCCAGCCUUUAUCGUGAAACCAAACUUGCCUGGUGCUACAAUUCUCGAUAUCCAAGCUCAGGAAAGCCAUAACUUUUCGGCCGUUAGUCUUGGGCCAGGAACAAACGAAGGCGGCCGAUAUACGAUCAGUUUCUGCAACAUCACCGUCACCCACACUCAUGCGGGCUGGAAUGACACAAUCCAUACCCAGGUAUGGCUCCCGCUUGAGGGAUGGAAUGGCAGAUUUCAAGCUUUAGGGGGUGGGGGUUACGCUACAGGCUUUGGCGAGACAUACCUAACAUACGCUGUCGCAAGCGGAUUCGCAUCUGCUUCUACUGAUGGCGGCCUACCGGUGGCAAAUGGAAAGGAUAGUAUUCCGACAGACCUUUCGUGGGCGUUAAGCAGCGAGAACAAUGUGAACUGGUUCCUUUUAGAGGAUUAUGCGUCGAAGGCAACCAGCGACAUGGCUGUGAUCGGACAGCAGGUGACCCUGUCCUACUACAAACAACCCGCAAACUACUCCUACUUUGCCGGAUGCUCUGGUGGUGGGCGGCAGGGGCUUCUGAUGGCACAGAAGUACCCGGGCAUUUUUGAUGGGAUUCUAGCUGUCGCCCCGGCUCUCAAUAUACAACGGUUCGUUCCUGCAGGCUUCUGGGGCUCACAACUCAUGAACGAAAUCGGUGUUUAUCCAUCGCCCUGUGAGGUCGAGGCUUUUACCAAAGCGGCCGUGGAAGCUUGCGAUCGACUAGAUGGAGUUGAAGACGGCAUCAUUAGCUACCCAGACCGCUGUCAUGUUCGGGCGCUCGACUUUGUUGGCAAGAGCUACACUUGCGACGGGAUUCAGCACUCCUUCAGUGCUGACAGCGCGAAGAUUAUCCAAGCUGCUUGGUCUGGCUCUCGCUCUGUCUCUGAGCGUGACGGUUGGUAUGGGGUCAACAAGGACGCAGCGCUCCGCACCGCCUAUGUGCCCACCGAAUGCUCUUUGAAUAACACAUGUUACUCUUCUGGAAGUGACUUGUGUGGCAACUGGCUCAAGUAUCUUGUUGCGAAGGACUCAAACUUUUCAACCAGUAACAUGACUCGGAAAGAGUUCUUCGACGCCCUGCACUCUUCCAACCUGGAGUAUUCAGGGAUGCUCGGAACGAAUGACCCGGACCUUUCCAGGUUCAAGGCAAAUGGCGGCAAGAUUAUUGCCUGGCAGGGAAUGGCAGACGAGGUUAUCCCACCGCUUGGAACGAUUGCCUAUUAUGAAGAAGUGCUGGAGCACGAUGCAAAGGCUCAUGACUUUUAUCGCUUCUUCGAAGCGCCCGGUGUUGGUCACUGUUACGGUGGGCUGGGACCUGUUCCGAAUGAAGCGAUGUCCCAACUGGUUGAAUGGGUCGAGAACGGGCGUGCCCCUGCUGUACUGCAUGCCACGAAAGGUAGCAAUAACACAGCGAGAGACCUUUGUCCAUAUCCUCUUCGGCAGAGAUACAUUGGAGGAGAUUCCAGGAAGGCAACUUCCUUCACCUGCGCCCACUAGACCUUUCCCUUCGACGAUUUGGCCGAGAUUCUGCCCGAGAAUAUAUGGUGCUUCUCAGCCAGGCUUUACUCGGUCGGGGAGGGCCAGUUCAUCAAGAUAGGGUUUGGCAAUGCUCACACCGAAGAGGACAUAUUGUCGGAAUCCAACAAGCUACGCUACAUCUUGAAAGUUGGGAUUGUGAGCACUGUAGCAGUCGUUGAUGAACUGAUGCAUCUUAUACGAGCCUGGUCCCAACCGGGAAGGGUUCCAUUUAUCGUAAAGAUCCCGUUCGCGUCAUGCAACCAGGGGAUACUAUAUUAAUGAUCGGUGUGGUAACUGUACUGUUUAGUGUAUGUAUUCCAGGAAUAGCCUUUUAUGAGCAUAGCAAGU